AUGGCUGAAAAGAAGACGGACGCCCCGGCAACCAAUAUGCUCUGGGGUGGCAGGUUUACAGGUUCGAUUGUCCCCGGACAGAAGCUUCAGAUCCAGUAUACUGACCUUGCGAUGCCUGCUAUAGGUGGGAUUGAUCCGCUCAUGCACAAGUACAAUGCCUCUAUCCGAUUCGAUAAGGCUCUCUAUAAAGAGGAUAUUCUUGGAUCGAUCGCUUUCGCUAGGGCUAACUCGAAGGUUGGUAUUAUUACCAAUAACGAAUUUGAGACGAUUGAGCGUGGCCUGCUCGAAGUGAUGGAAGAAUGGAAGCAGGGAACCUUCGCUAUUAUGCCAAACGACGAAGAUAUCCAUACUGCAAAUGAGCGUCGAUUGGGAGAGCUUGUCGGAAAGGACACCGCUGGCAAGCUACAUACCGGUCGUAGCCGUAAUGAGCAGGUCGUCUGUGAUAUGCGUAUGUGGCUACGUGACCGCAUCCGUGACAUCGACGGCCAACUCGUUGCUUUCCUUCAAGUCCUCGCCAAACGCGCUGAGGCUGAAAUCGACUACCUCAUGCCCGGCUACACCCACUUGCAACGUGCGCAGCCAGUUCGCUGGGGCCAGUGGAUAAUGUCACAUGCUACUUCGUUCAAGCAGGAUCUCGAGCGAUUGCGCCAGGUCUUUGAAAGAGUCAACCUUAGCCCACUUGGUUGUGGCGCAUUAGCUGGCAAUGUGUUUGGCAUUGAUCGAGACGCAAUAGCUGCAGAGCUUGGUUUUAGCGGAAUCACUCUGAACUCCAUGAACACUUCAGGCGACCGCGACUUCAUUAUUGAGUUCCUAAACUGGAACUCAAUGCUCACCAGCCAUCUCAGCAGGUGGGCUGAAGAUCUCAUAUUAUACUCUACUUCUGAGUUUGGGUUUUGUCGUUUGGCAGAUCUUUACAGUACCGGCAGCAGUUUAAUGCCGAACAAGAAGAACGCUGACAGUUUGGAACUCUUGCGCGGCAAGUCAGGCCGUGCUUUCGGUCAAAUGGCUGGACUGAUGAUGAGCGUGAAAGGCUUGCCAACUUGCUACAACAAGGACCUUCAGGAGGGAUGGGAACCCAUGCUGGAUUCAGUUCAAACUGCUUUGGACAGUCUAGGCAUUGCCAACGGGGUUUUCGCCACUAUGACUGUGCGGCCUGAGCGGAUGUUAGCUGCUCUUGAUAAGACGAUGCUUGCUACUGAUGUUGCAGAGUGGCUAGUGCGAAAUGGAUGUCCUUUCAGGGAAGCUCAUCAUAUUUCUGGACGCAUUGUUGCAUUAUCGGAAUCCACGGAAACCCCAAUGGAUAAGCUAUCCUUGGAGCAACUGCAAGCUAUUGAUUGUCGAUUUACAGCCGAUAUUAUCAAGGCAUUCGAAUACGAGUCGAGUGUUGAGGCAAAAUCGGUCAGGGGCGGUACUAGUCGAUCAGCUGUGCUGCAGCAGAUUCAAGAACUCUAUGCUAUCUUAGAUUAG